AUGCGCGCCUCCGUUCGUCGUUGCCAGCCCCAGCGCGUGGCUUCCCUCACUGCCACGUCUGCCCAGCUCAGCGCGAGAGGGCUCAAUGUAUCGGCCCAGGCCGCGCUGACCACGAAGGCGAAUCGGCUGGAGAUGCCGCCGACCGAUUUCAAGCCCAUGCCCUACACGGGUCCCAGCUUCGACGAGGUCAAGGCCCUGCGCGCCCAGCACAUGCCGUCGGCCAUCUUCGCCUUCUACAAGAAUCCCAUCAUGCUCGUCGAGGGCAAGAUGCAGUACAUGUGGGACGAGAAGGGCCGCCGCUACCUCGAUCUCUUCGGCGGCAUCGUCACCGUCAGCGUGGGCCACUGCCACCCGCGCGUCACCGAGGCCGGCGUCGCCCAGCUCAAGAAGCUCCAGCACUCCACCACCAUCUACUACAACCCCGAAGUCGCCCUCUUCGCCAAGGAGCUCGCCGACCGCCUCCCCUCCCAGCUCAGCGUCGUCUACUUUGUCAACUCGGGCUCCGAGGCCAACGACCUCGCCAUGCUCAUGGCCCGCGCCGCUACCGGCAACUUUGACUUCGUGGCCCUCCGCAACGGCUACCACGGCAUGAGCAUGAACACCAUGGGCCUCACCGCCCUCCACACGUGGAAGUACAACCAGCCCCAGGGCUUCGGCAUCCACCACGCCGUGUGCCCCAACACCUACCGCGGCCCCUACGGCCCCGACGAGCCCGACGUCGCCCAGAAGUACGCCAGCGACGUCGCCGACAUCAUCCGCUCCUCCACCUCUGGUCGGGUGGCGGGUUGGAUCUCGGAGACGAUCCAGGGCGUGGGCGGCACGGUGGUCCUGCCCGACGGGUACCUCAAGGAGGUCUACAAGACGGUGCGCGGCGCCGGCGGCGUCUGCAUCGCCGACGAGGUGCAGACCGGCUUCGCCCGCCUGGGCUCCCACUACUGGGGCUUCCAGACCCAGAACGUCAUUCCCGAUAUUGUGACGAUGGCCAAGGGCAUCGGAAAUGGUGCGCCGCUGGCGGCGGUGGCGACGACGCCCGAGAUUGCGGAGACGCUCAAGCAGCGCGUGCACUUCAACACCUACGGCGGCAACCCGGUGUCGUGCGCCAUGGGCCGCGCGGUGCUCAAGGUGGUGGACGAGGAGGGCAUCCAGCACAAGGCCCUCUCGCACGGCGCCUACUUCACGCGCGGGCUGAACGAGCUCAAGAGGCGGUACCCGAUCAUCGGCGAGGUGCGGGGCAAGGGCCUCAUGCUGGGCGUGGAGCUGGUCAAGGACCAGACCACCAAGGAGCCGGCCACGGCCGAGACGGCCGACAUCUUCGAGCGGGCCAAGGACAUGGGCCUCCUCAUCGGCAAGGGCGGCCUCUACGGCAACGUCUUCCGCAUCAAGCCCCCCAUGUGCAUCACCAAGCACGACAUCGACUUCUCGCUCGAGGUGCUCGACCAGGCCUUCAAGGACAGCGCCAAGGCCAUGUAA